CUCUUCCUCCUCGCACUACCUCUCAUUUUUCUCAAAUUUGCACACCAAAUAUUUCCACAAAUUCAAACAAACGGAUGGGAUUACAGGGCCGGCUAAACGACGUCUCAUCGAAUUCAAUCCCGCUUCUCAUCCUUGCACUGAUCGCCCACUGCUUCGCCUAUCUCCGAAACCUCCUUUUCGAUCGUUUCCGUUUCACCGACCGGACCGUUACUACUGAAUUCCACGGGACGGAAGUCGUAGGCUGGGGCCUGGCCAGCCUCGUCGUAUUGGCGGAGCAGCUCAACUUGAACAAGGUUUUGUCGUACAGAUACGAUUGCGGCGGAGGGGUUUGUGAUUGUGUGGUGUGUUUGUGUAGGCUAAGAGAUGGGGAUCAGGUGAGGGAACUCGAUUGUUGCCACGUGUUUCAUAAGGAGUGCUUUGAUGGUUGGCUUCAUCAUUUCUAUUUUAACUGUCCGCUUUGUCGGUCUCCUCUCAAAAUCGAUCGGCGAGUUGAGUUCACGCGGAAGUGUGUCGGCGGUGAGUUGCUUGACUGGUUUUCUUUGCGCUGAUUUGGAUCGGUGAGGCCGCCGGUCAUGAUUUUGGUGAUUUAAGAAUUU